AUGCCCCAUCAUAUCACCGUCCUACCAGCCUCAACCAAAGCUGGCCGAGAAACGAUUCGAGCCCUCUUAGCUUCUGAUAACAAACCUUUUGUUCGAGCUGUUUACCGAGAUCCAUCCAAGGCUCCAGCCGAAUUCAUCAAGAAUUCAAACUUUGAAACUGUCAAUGGCGAUGUAGGAGAUGGCAGCAGCCUCGAUUUUACAGGCUCAAAUGCUGUCUUUUACAUCCCGCCGCCUACCUAUGACGGUACUGAUCAGGGUGAAUGGGCGACUCGAGCUGCUACCAAUGUCAAGAAGGCUUUGAAGGAUGCGAACGUGAACAAACUCGUUAUCCUUUCGGCCAUUGGAGCUCAGAAUUCAAGCGGUAUUGGUGUUCUCAAGUUGAACCAUAUAUCGGAUGAGCUUUUGAAAGAUUCUGUGCCAGAGGUUGUGAUAGUCAGACCUACCUACUUUUUCGAAGAUUUUGCCCAUCUUCUCGACGCCGCCAAAGAAGAAAAUCCUAUUAUACACUCUUGGAUCACACCCAUUGAUUACAAGAUCCCUUUAGUUGGACUCAAAGACGUAGCUUCGAAUUGCGCAAACUCUCUCCUAGCCUCGACUGCCGAGCCUAGUCCGCAUUACUUUAACAUAUUUGGCCCUCGAGCUUACGGCUCUGUUGAUCUGAAAGAAACAGUCGAAGAAAUCACUGGUAAAAAGGUUGAGCUGAAACUUGUCGAGGAGGACCAGCUGCUUGAUUACUGGAAGCAGAUUGUUCCUGUAGCUCAUGCUGAAGAGUUUAAGGAAAUGACAACUGCUGGAUUUGCAGGUGGAGUCAUUGCCAAGGACUUUGUAUACGAUGAGAAGACUGUUAGGGGAGAGCAGGAACUGGUGGAUGCUUUGCGCGCCUUGUAUAAGAACUGA